AUGGUCGCAGCCUCCCUGGAAACCAUGCAGACUUCGCAGCCUCGUCAGAGAGAGAAGGAGUCCCCCUGGGAUUUCAUGGAGACACGGAUCGCCCAAGCAGAGGAGGCCACACAGCGUCUGCGUCGGCAACUGGCCAUCCACCCGCCUGUGCUGGACACAGUCACGGAACAGCUCGGCCUCCUGCGGCGGCACCAGAAGGAGCUGAAGGACUGGACUCUGGAGAGCAUCGCCCAGUCUUUUCUGGACCGCUCCAAUUCCGCUGCUUGGGAGCUUGCGGUGUUGAGGCCGGAGAUGUCUGCCUUGAAAUCCCAGGUAGAGGCCCUGAAAGAGGAGAACGGGCAUUUGACGAGCCAGCUCGGAGCAGCCCAGAGGCGUGAAAGUGAGGUGCAGCAGAUGAUCCACCGUGCAAAGAGCCGGAACGGUCGAUUGCUCUUGGAAGUGGAAGAGAUGAGGCAACAGUUGGAAACUCAAAAAGGUGUCCAGGAGCUAGCCGAACGACUACGCGAUGAGUUGCGUCGGGCAGAAUGUGCUGCCACUGAUGCUGAGAUGGAGCGUGAGUCACUGCGAAGGCAGCUGGAGGGAUCCGGACAAAGACAGCCAGCUGAUACG